CAAAACAGUGGCCGUUGUGCUUGCGCGGCGUUUACAUGUGCAGAAUUUAGAAACGUCAGAGAAUCGAAAUAGCUGGUGUUUGAUCGUUCGUUUGAGAAACGAUGUUACGAAUAAGGUCUCAAAAUCAUAUCUGCGAACAAGAAGCCAAAUUUGUUCAAGAACGCAUAUCCGCUGUUGAAAAACACUUCGCCGAACUGUGCACAAUUUUUGCUGCAUUUACGAGAAAGGCUGCAAGGUUUUUAUCCAUGCAUCUAUACAUCAUAAUAAUCACAUUGCGCGAUAAAAACGACGAGGUUGCCAAGGUUGUCCAAAAUUACGCGGAGUCGGAAAAUAUUAAUCAAUCUCUCAGCAACGGCCUGGCAAAUUUUGCCACAACGUUAUCGGUGAUCGGAGAUUACAGAGACGCCGAAGUUCAAAGACUGGACAGCAAAGUAAUAUCUCCGUUAUCGCAGUAUGCUGUUAUUUGCAAGCACGCCAGAGAGGAUGUAAAAAACACUUUCGCCGCACGUGACAAAGAGCUGACAAGACGAAAGCACUUGGACAAAGUUAGGGAACGUAACCCAAGAAAUCGCCAAAUGAUCUCUCAAGCUGAAUCUGAGUUAAUGAAAGCUACGGUCGAAGUAUCACGAGUUGUUAAAGGAUUGGAGGAACAAAUCGACUCGUUUGAAAGGCGGAAACUACACGACGUCAAGUCAGUUUUAUUAGAUUUUGUUACCGUAGAACUUGGCUUUCACACAAAAGCUGUGGAACUUCUUACCAAGGCUUAUCAAGACGUCGCUGAAAUUGACGAAGCAAAAGAUUUAGAGGACUUUCAAGUAACCCGAGGAGAUAUGAAUGGGGAGUUUAGAGAAGUUAUGCGUGUCCCGGAGUCUGUAUCACGUCUCGACACCGUCAGACGGGCAUCUUUCCGGCAAGCCUAUUCCCUCACGAAUCUAGCCAGCCGUUUUACUUCCUCCCCGAUCACUUCCAAAUCGAGUCCCAAUCGACCGACCGAAUCUUUGGAAUCGCUGAAGACUGGAUUCACAAAUUCUGAGUCCACGAGGAUCGAAGAAUACGAGCAAAGCUCCGAGGAAUCAGACUCUGAAUCAAUACAGGAGAUAUCAGUGAGACACAGGCACAAAACCAUGUAAAUGAACUUGUAGUAACAAUAUUGAUAUCCGAUUCUAGGAGAACCUAAUAGAAUAUUCAUCGCAGAAUCGACAAAGUGGCCUAAGCCUAAGAGCAGUGCCUGCUG